CUCAAAAUAAAUGAAACAAAAAACAAAACAACAAAAAAAACAACCCAGACUGUCGUGUUAGCAGAUACUGUCAAUACCUUGCCUGUGUAUACUUCCCCUAGUGGCAUUAGUGCACAGGCCUGACUCACAACAUCAGACCUUGGAUUCCUCUGCCUGAUAGUUUUAUUGGGCCUCCAGAGUCAGCUUUACCUCUCAGCAUGGCAGGCUGGAAGUGGUGGGAAACUAAGGCUUUUUCCUCCCUUACCACUCAGCCCUUAGCUAACCAUUUAUUGGAUACUUCCCAUUGCCCCUCUGCAUUCCUGUUUCCUGGAACCUCCUCAAAAUACACUACUUGUUUUGAAUUCUUACCUCAAGGUAGGCUUCUCGAGCAACCCAAGAUAGGACAAACUACUUGACCCUUCCUUUAACCACCACCCUGUUUCUCUUCUUAUUCUCGAAUAAUUAAGCUAUCAUAUUUAUUCUUCAACCCUGCUCUUACCAGGUUCUGCUGUCACAUGUUACUGGCCCCCUCUCUCUAGAAUUGCACAAGGAUUUACAUGGUAUAGCCAACAGCGAUUUCAGAACUUGGCUUGCUUGAAAUAUCAACUGACGAUAAAUAAUCUUUCCUUUAGCCUCCUCAAUCCCGCUGAUCUGUAACUCUUAAGGAUUUAAACUUACACAGUUGUGGAGGUUGGUUUAGCAGUCUCUGAAAAGUUGUCUUUGCAACUGAUGACUGAUCUCACUGAACCCUGUCCUGAUUCCCAACCCACAGAAUAUAUGAGCAUAAUCACUAUCGUAUGCCUUUAAAUUUUGGGAUUUACUACACAGCCAUAGUAAAUGAAACAUCUGUUUCUUUUGGGGUUACUUAAAUGUGUGUGUGUGUGUGUGUGUGUGUGUGUGUGUGUGUGUGUGACUCUAUAGAAUACAAUAUGUACCUGAGGAGUCUAGCUCCUAGUUAAAAACCUAUGUAUGAUUUUCCAGAACUGACCAUAGGCAAUUACAAAGGCUUUAGCUGGCAGGCAUCAUGGGAGAAAGCUCCCCUUCCAGCACCAGUUUUGGGGUACAGUCAGUGCAUGGCAGCCUCUUGAAAAAGUUGGAGUCAAGGACUUAAGCCACUCAGCAGUUACUGGUCUCCAUAGUCAUUAGUCACUCAGGCCCAUCAUGUUCUUCUCGUAUUUGCCUUCCCUGCCCAUUGUAGAUCUCUUUAUAUCAGGCCUGUUCAGGGUCCAAAUUCUUGUCAAGGUGUGUCUGCUGAGGUCUCUAUAUGCAAGGAGGAGGGAUACUUGAAGACAUUUCUUUUCACUGUGAUUCAGCGCCUAGCUCUUUUCUACUUCUAGCCCUUCCCCUCACUCUCUCCUGACCUCAGAACUGCUGGAUCCUUUGGAGCUCCCUCAACAACCCACCCCCACUUCUGGCUGAGCCACCAACUUCAGACCAUCGAGCCUCGUCUUGCCCAGGCAUUUUCUCCCAUCACAAGUUUACUCAAAGCAUUACUUGAAGAAUCUUCAAGGUGCCACAUUGUAACAAUGAUUCAGCUGACAGCUACCCCUGCAAGCACGCUGACUGAUGAGCCAGUGCACAUCCGAGCUACAGGCCUGCGUCCCUCUCAGACAGUGAUUUUUCAGGCAACACUGGAAGAUGAAAAGGGGAACCUGUUUCAUUCUCAAGCCUACUAUAAGGCCAGUGAAGUUGGUGAGGUAGACCUGGAUCAUGCUCCUUCACUUGGAGGUGACUAUAUAGGAGUCCACCCCAUGGGUCUCUUCUGGUCCCUGAAACCUGAAAAUUUUUUAAAAUUGAUGAAAAGAGAUGUGAUGACUAGCCCCUUCCUGGUCCAGAUAAAACUUUGUGAUUCAAAUUUACCAUUAGCCCAGAUUGCUGCCACUGAUCCAAAAGUCAGCGUGACUUUGGAGAGGUGGUACAGAGCACCUGGUGUCACAUGGAUCCAAGUUCAAGAAGGCCACCUUCGGGGAGCCCUCUUUCUCCCUCCUGGAGAGGGCCGUUUCCCAGGGGUAAUUGACUUGUUUGCUGAUAUUGGUGGGCUGAUUGAAUACCGAGCCAGUCUCCUGGCCAGUCAUGGCUUUGCUGCGUUGGCCUUGGCCUACUGUGACUAUGAAGAUCUGCCUUUACACCCAGAAAAAAUAGAGUUAGAAUAUUUUGAAGAAGCUGUCAACUUUCUCCUGAGACAUCCGAAGGUCCUUGGCCCAGGCAUUGGGAUAGUUUCCAUAAGCAAAGGAGCAGAGAUUGGACUCUCCAUGGCUAUUCAUCUAAAACAGGUCAUAGCCACCGUGCUUAUUAAUGGACCCAACUUUGUAUUUAGCACUCCACAGGUUUAUCGUGGUCAAAGUCAGCCCUUGUCCUUCUCUCCACAGUUCGUAUCUAUCAAUGCCUUAGGGUUAGCACAGUUCCAGUAUUGUUUUGAGGAAGCUAGAAGCAAAGCCAGUGAGACCUUUUUUCUCCCCAUUGAAAAGGCCCAGGGACAUUUCCUCUUCAUUGUGGGAGAAGAUGAUAAGAGUAUCAACAGCAAAGCGUAUGCUGAGCAAGCCACAGAACAGUUGAGGAGAAAUGGGAAGGACAAUUGGACCCUGCUAUCUUACCCCGGGGCAGGCCACAUGUUAGAGCCUCCCUAUUCCCCACUGUGCUGUGCCUCAAAGCUCUCCAAACUCCACCUGUUCAUGCAGUGGGGAGGAGAGGUGACCCGGCAUGCAGCUGCACAGGAGCAUUCUUGGAAGGAGAUCCAGAAGUUUCUCAGGAAGCAUCUCAUUCCAGUUGUGACCAGUCAACUCUGAGAAGAGAAAAUGUUCCUGAGAAAUAGAGAAGCAAUAUCAGACCUUCACUUGAUUUUCAUGGAACAAUGUCUUUGACCUCUUAUUGUGGGAGGUUAUAAUAAGAGAAAGCAAGAGGAUGGCAAUGGUCAUGUCUUGACUUGGAAAGGGAAAAAUGGUUCCCACUUAAUCCAGCAUCAUACACAGAGGAUUUUCUAUUCCGAAAAAUAAAUUUAGGGCUCUACCUGCCCUAAAAUUUUCCAGUUUAUAAUUAUAAUAGCAAUUCUCUGGAGGAAGAAAGUUACCAAAAUGAACUACAGAAUCCCCUGGUUUAUAAAACAGACAUGUGUAGAAUCAGGUGCUCAUAUUUGCUGAUUUCUUAAAACUCAAAUUCAAUAUGUUUAGAUUUCUCAUUGAAAAUAUGUUGGGGCGGCUGGG